CGGUGAUUGGCUACAGCAGCGAGGCGUGUCCCUUUGCUUCCUGUCAUGCUGUCUUUUGGUUGCAUCAUUUCUAGCCGGCCGGUUGGCGGGGCAGUGGAGGGCGAGGUGACUGGUAAGAAGGCUGCUAUUUGUCUGCUAGCUCUAGCACCAUCAGUACAGAUUGAAGAACGCCAUUCCCACUGAAUGUUGUCUCCUUUUAAAAAAACUGAGAAAACUGACCUGUAAUGAGGAGUUACUAUAUCACUGAUCUUGCCCAUUAAAUGGUUUUUCUACACAGCUCUGAAACAUUAGACUUCCAUCAAUUCAGGAGAAAGAAUGGUUCAGCAAGUUGCAGAAAACAUAAAUUUUCCUCAGGAGGAAGAGAAGAUACUGAACCUCUGGAACACGCUUGAUUGUUUUCAGGAAUGCCUGAGACAGUCAAAAAACAGACCAAGAUUUACUUUCUAUGAUGGCCCUCCAUUUGCAACUGGGCUUCCACACUAUGGCCACAUUCUUGCAGGAACCAUUAAAGAUAUAGUAACCAGAUUUGCUCACCAGAGUGGCUUUUAUGUUGACAGAAGAUUUGGAUGGGAUUGUCAUGGUUUACCUGUGGAGUAUGAAAUUGACAAAACACUAGGAAUCAAAGGGCCAGAGGAUGUGGCCAAAAUGGGUAUUGCAGAAUAUAACAAUCAGUGCAGGGGGAUUGUGAUGAGAUACUCUACAGAAUGGAGGAUUAGCAUUACCAGACUGGGACGCUGGAUCGACUUUGACAAUGACUAUAAAACUCUAUAUCCUGAGUUCAUGGAGACCGUCUGGUGGGUUUUCAAACAGCUGUACGACAAAGGAUUGGUUUACAGAGGCGUUAAGGUUAUGCCUUUCUCCACAGCAUGUAACACUCCCCUUUCGAAUUUUGAGGCUCAUCAGAACUACAAGGAUGUUCAAGAUCCUUCGGUGAUUGUGAGCUUCCCAUUGGAUGAAGAUGAAAACAUCUCUCUUGUUGCUUGGACAACUACCCCCUGGACCCUGCCUAGUAAUUUGGCCCUCUGUGUUAACCCAGAAUUGCAAUAUGUGAAACUAAAAGAUAGUGCCACAGGGAAGAUUUAUAUUUUGAUGGAAGCCAGGCUGGUAGCACUGUACAAAUCUGAAAGUGAAUAUGUGAUACUUGACAGGUUUCCUGGCAUUACUCUUAAAGGCAAGAAAUAUAAACCACUAUUUGAAUAUUUUAUUAAGUGUAAAAACAAUGGUGCUUUUACUGUGGUCACAGACAACUAUGUGAAGGAGGAAGAAGGUACAGGGGUUGUACAUCAGGCUCCUUACUUUGGAGCUGAUGACUACAGAGUCUGCAUGGAUUUUAAUAUUAUUCAGAAAGAUUCAGUUCCAGUUUGUCCUGUUGAUGCUUCAGGCUACUUCACAGCAGAAGUGACGGACUUUGCUGGACAAUAUGUGAAGGAUGCAGAUAAGAACAUCAUCAAAUCUCUAAAAGAACAAGGUAGACUGGUUCACACCAGUACUUUCAAGCACAAUUACCCUUUCUGCUGGAGGUCAGAUACCCCUCUAAUUUACAAAGCUGUACCAAGCUGGUUUGUAAGAGUAGAGCACAUGGUGGAGAAGCUGUUGGAGAAUAAUGGUCAAUGCUACUGGGUUCCUGACUUUGUGAGAGAGAAACGUUUUGGAAACUGGCUGAAAGAUGCACAUGACUGGGCUAUUUCCAGGAACCGAUACUGGGGAACACCUAUCCCUUUGUGGGUCAGCAGUGAUUUUGAAGAGGUGGUUUGCAUUGGGUCAGUGGCAGAACUGGAAGAGCUGUCAGGAGUUAAAGUCACUGAUCUCCACAGAGAAAGCAUUGAUCAUCUAACCAUCCCUUCACGCUGUGGAAAAGGAAUGUUGCACCGUGUUUCUGAAGUCUUCGAUUGUUGGUUUGAGAGUGGGAGCAUGCCUUACGCACAAGUCCAUUAUCCAUUUGAGAACAGAAAAGAAUUUGAAGAUGCUUUUCCUGCUGACUUCAUUGCUGAAGGCAUUGACCAAACCAGAGGAUGGUUUUAUACUCUCCUGGUGCUAUCCACAGCUCUUUUUGGGAAGCCUCCUUUCAAGAAUGUAAUUGUAAAUGGGCUGGUUCUUGCUAGUGAUGGCCAAAAAAUGAGCAAACGCAAGAAGAACUAUCCUGAUCCAGUGACCAUUGUAAAUGGUUAUGGAGCUGAUGCACUAAGGCUGUACCUCAUCAAUUCUCCUGUGGUAAGAGCAGAAAACUUGCGGUUUAAGGAGGAAGGAGUAAGAGAUGUGCUGAAGGAUGUCUUCCUGCCCUGGUACAAUGCAUAUCGCUUUCUCAUUCAAAAUAUUGUGAUCCUGCAACAUAAGGAAGAUGGAAAGGAAUUCCUGUACAAUGAGAAUACGAUGAAAGAGAGCAACAACAUCAUGGAUAAGUGGAUUCUUUCCUUCACGCAGUCACUCAUUCAGUUCUUCAAGGCUGAAAUGGCAGCCUACAGACUAUACACUGUAGUCCCUCGACUAGUUAAGUUUGUUGAUGUACUGACCAACUGGUACGUUAGAAUGAAUCGCAGAAGAUUAAAGGGUGAAAAUGGGAAUGAGGACUGCAUUAUGGCCUUGGAAACCUUGUUCAGUGUUCUGUAUGCAAUGUGCAGACUCAUGGCACCUUAUACUCCCUUUAUCACUGAAAUGAUGUACCAGAAUCUGAAGACCCUUAUUGAUCCGGCCUCAGUUCAGGAGAAGAACAGUGAUAGCAUUCACUAUCUCAUGCUUCCUCAAGUGAGGGAGGAUCUGAUUGACAAAAAAAUUGAAAAUGCCGUUUCCUGGAUGCAAUCUGUUGUUGAGCUUGGCCGGGUAAUCCGAGACAGAAAAACCAUUCCAGUAAAGUAUCCACUGAAAGAAGUAGUGGUUAUCCAUCAGGACCCAGAGGCUCUGGAAAACAUCAGGUCUUUGGAGAAGUAUAUACUUGAGGAACUUAACGUACGUCAGGUGACAUUGUCUACUGAUAAAGAUAAGUACGGAAUCCGUCUAAGAGCGGAACCAGAUCAUAUGGUGCUCGGGAAGCGUCUGAAAGGUGCCUUUAAAGCUGUUAUGACAGCCAUCAAGGAGCUGAAGAGUGAGCAGCUGGAAGAAUUCCAAAAGACAGGUACCAUUGUUGUGGAAGGCCAUGAAUUACAUGAGGAGGAUCUCCGUCUCAUGUACACCUUCGAUCAGGUCAUGGGCGCAUCUGCCCAGUAUGAGGCACAUUCUGAUGCUCAGGUUUUAGUUCUCCUAGAUGUCACCCCAGAUCAAUCCAUGGUUGACGAAGGAGUUGCUCGUGAAGUGAUUAAUCGCAUCCAAAAACUUCGCAAAAAGCGCAAUCUAGUUCCUACAGAUGAGAUUACUGUAUAUUAUAGAUCACAUCCUGAAGGUGACUACCUGGAUUCUGUUGUUAAGGAGCAUACAGAUUUCAUUUUUGCAACAAUAAAAGCUGCCCUGAAGCCAUACCCUGUGCCUACUUCAAGAGAAGUGCUCAUUCAAGAGAAAACCCAACUGAAGGGGUCAGAACUAGAAAUCACACUGGUCAGAGGAGGCUUACAUCAUCGCGUUGAGCCAGCCUGUGCUUAUGUCAAUCUCAACACUUGUAUUAAUGGUACAGAGCAAGAUGGUGUGUUGCUGUUGGAAAAUCCAAAAGGAGAUAAUAAAUUAAACUAUACUAAACUUGUAGAUGCUGUGUCCUGCAUUUUUGGCCUUAAAAAUUCAAAGCUGUCAGUUUUCAAUGGAAAAUCAGAACUGUUGAGCAACACUGACUUACUGAGUCUCAGUGGAAAGACUCUUCAUGUGACAUCAGGGUCAGCCCCUGCUUUGAUCAAUACCCAUGAUACCCUCCUCUGCCAGUAUAUCAAUUUACAGCUAGUGAAUGCAAAACCACAAGAGUGUCUGAAAGGAGUGGUGGGAACUCUUCUAAUGGAAAACCCAGUUGGUCAGAAUGGACUAACAUAUCAAGGUCUUCUCUAUGAAACAGCAAAAGUGUUUGGACUCAGGAGCAGGAGGCUAAAAUUGUUCCUAGAUGAAGCACAAACACAGGUAUCUAUGGAGUUGGGAGUCAGGAUUUCUUGUUCUUCCACUGAAUGCCACAACCAGCACAGUUCAGAAUCUUUAAUGCUGCAGAAAGAUAAGAUGAAGAGAAAAGCAUUUGUGUACCAAAGUCUGAGAGUCAUGGUCGAUGAGGUAAUAUCUUUUACUGGCCCAACUUCUGUUGGUGAAAGAGACAAGUUUUUGAGCUACACAGUUCUAGCUCAUAAGUGAUGAGAGACUAAGAAGAAAUAGAAAAUAGGGACUUUGGUACCAUUUAAGGAAUCCUACAAUUUCAUCAUGUUGUACUGUUAACUUUUUCAUAGUGGACUCCUGAUCUCAUAUUAUUGCAAUGUAACAUCUUCUUCCGGUCAUCGUUGUCAUCAUCCACAUAACACUGAGGCCUUGAAACUGCUGAGGGCUUUGUCCCAGAACAUAUUUUGGGAUGUGUGUGUCCUUCAAUCUUAAACUGCAUGUUAGCUUUGUUGAAAUCAUACUAGUACCUUGAAAAUGUUGAUGAGUGGCAAGCUUAAUGUAUGCUGAUCUCUCCUUUUACUUUAUUGCAUUAUCAUGACAGGCUCUGAUUUCAGAUGAGGAUUUCCUGUACAAGCAUCAUUUUGGCUGAUAUAAAGAGAACUGGAUUAUUAUUUCAGAAUAUGGAAAU